AUGUAUCAGCAGUGUCAGAAUGCUAAGGUCUGCUACGUAUACUUGUCAGACGUUGAUUCGAAGCAUUUGGUUACAUCGCUUCUGAGGAGCGAACGGUUCAAACGAGGCUGGACACUGCAAGAGUUGCUAGCUCCUCAAGUGGUCAAGCUCUAUGACUUCUCCUGGCAAUUAUUAGGGACGAAACGAGGACUGGCAAGCGGAAUUUCAUUGGCCACGGGCAUUCCUACAACUGCCCUCAGUAAUGGCAACAUAGAUCACGUUCAACUGCUCAAGAGAAGUCAUGGGUGGUAG